AUACUGUGUAGACGCUUGGGCCAGUGUUGGGUUUCAUGUGCUCCGGAGGCGGAGCGUCUGCGGACUGCGGGUCGGCAUCCAGAAGUGCACGACGGCGACGCAAAACACAACAGCUCGCUCUGCUCUGAAGUUCUUUUGUGGUAACCGUUCGUACACCCCGUGCUAGAGACUCACGCAAUUAUGACGCUGCUGCCAGUUCUUGCUCUGCUCUUUCUACCAGAAGCAUGGGGUCAGAGGAGCAGCAACAGCAGACUCGGUGUGGUGGUUGAAGCCAAGAACAUCACUUUCCCCGUUGGGAGUAAGGCCGUCCUGUCUUGCCAAAGCCCUCGCAUGGUGUGGACCCAGGACAGACUGAAGGACCGUCAGAGGGUGGUGCACUGGGACGUGACACGCAACAUUCCCAAAUACUCAGUGGAGCGAGUCCUGGAUAUGUCCCCCGGAGCCCGCCUGAGGCUGUACAACAACUUCAACAAGGGUCGCGUUUCCAUUCCAAACUCUGCGUUCAAAGAUGGCAACUUCUCCCUUGUCAUCAACAAUGUGGUCCAAAGUGACCGAGGAGUGUACACAUGUAGUCUGCACCAUCACUACUGCCAGAAUCAAGAGUCUGUUCAGAUUCAGCUCAACGUGACCAAGUCAGCAAACAAGGAGAAGCGUUACUGGGAUGGAGAGAAGACCAUCUUCGUGGUGUUGUUGGGCAGCUCGGUAGUGUUGCCAUGCGUCAACCGGCACCCCCUGUGGAGAGAUGGCCUCCAGGAGGACCAGCAGCAGGUGGCCCACUGGGACUUCCAGCCCCCGGGGGUGCGCCCAGAUAGAGCCGACCGCCUGGUGGACCUCUACGCUUCGGGAGAGCGUCGGGAUUACGGGCCGCUCUUUGCCGACAACAAGAUGAGCGUGGCCGAGGAUGCGUUUACACUCGGGGACUUUUCGCUGUCCAUUUCUGACUUAAAGCCGGCUGAUAAAGGCCUGUACUCCUGCCACCUGCAUCACCACUACUGCGGCCUGCAUGAGAGACGUAUCUUUCGACUCACCGUGGGACCGUCACUACCAUCAACGCGCACCACAGCAUCGACGGUCCUCCGCAAUGAGGGGCCUGAACCAAGGAUUGAAGAGGUGGAGAGUCCUCACGUGGUGAACGUCAUCCUCCCUGAGUAUCGAAACUAUUUCGUGCAGCAUUUGGGCUACUUCUUGACAACCUUCCUGCUUCUGGCCGUCAUCGUUGUCGCAAUCAUCGUGCUGACCCGGCGGCGUAAAAAGAGAGGGCUGGCAUAUGACCUGCACAGAUAUGACGAGAGAAAUGUCAUGAAUGAAGGCGAAAGCUCAUUGGACUGCACAGAGCUGAAGACCCGCAACCAAGAACCACUGAAUUCAGAUUACAAAAACAACCUCCUGAAAGAGAGAGACUUGAGCAAAGACUGCAACAAGGACUUCGAUGGGAAGCUGUGGAAGUGAGGCGCUUUGGAGACGCUGCUGGCAGGACCAGGGCAAACGCCACAAGAGAAGGCGAAGCAAAGCAGAGGAGGAACACUCCGUCUGCUGAAAGUCAACAGAGCACAAAGCUUUUUUUGACCUUCAUUUUUCAUUUCUGAAAAUAAAAGUCACCUUCAUUUGAUAUGUAAUGGCUUAUGUUGUAUAUGAGGUGUCAUUCCUUUUUUCUAUAUUGUGACACAGUGUACUGUAACAUACAUUCUAUUUCAUUUUCCAGCAUGGUUGAUGUGUAAUGUGCAUGCAUACAGAGCUGCUUGCUCACAGCUUUUUUCAUAUGAUGGUAGUUGCUAUUGUCUUUGUUUUUUUUGCACAAAUUCUGCUGUAUUGUCAUUUGCAAAUCAUCAGUUUUUUUUACUGUAUGUGGACAAAAUCACCAGUUGUGACACAUUUUGAUGGUACAAUGCAAACUUUUUUUGUACUCCUAAAUUGUAUCCCAAUGUGUACGUACCCCCCCCCCCCUCCCCC